AUGUCAGAAUGCACAAGUCCGUCGUCCGCAUCGUCAAGUCGUGAUCCAAGCGAAGCCAUGAGUGAGUGUUUAGCACCUCGAGUGGAGUAUUGGUAUGGACGCAUAAUGGUCGCAUUACAGCCUCAAGCCGUUCCUCAUUUUCUGGAAUUGAUCGGGUUCCGAAGACGAACCGUCGGUACCUCUUCCACUUCACUACUGCCAGCUACAAAACCGAUACUGAAAAAGAGAAAACGCCGUGUGUCCGAGGACGAAACCGGAGGAUUGUAUGCAAAUAUAGAUAAUUCGAACACUCGACCGCGACAAGCCGCUAAGCCUCCUCGUCCUGUUUCGUACUAUCCAGUUGAGGAUAGCGAUGAUUCGGAUAACUUGCGAACGAAACGAAAAGCGACCUCCUUUCUGAAUGUCCACAACAAAUUCGAUAACACAGCUGCGAAAUUCAACAAGAAAGGUUUUUCAGAGAAUCUUCUACGUGUAGAGCGGGAAACCAAACUGAGACAUGACAAGGAGAAUCUUGAAGCAGAAAAUCGAACCAGAGCUGAGAUGCGCAAUCAACGGCUUGUCGAGCAGCUGAGAGAGAAAAGUGCUCAGUUCAGCAAACUUCAAUUUCAUGCUCAUAAACUCGACGAACAGAUUGAGUCUCUCUCACAACGAUGCGCUCUUAAUGCCGCUCUGGACAAGCUGACGCUUGAGGAGCGAUUUAUUGAAGAUCGUCUGCGACAAUUUCAACGUCAAGUACAAAGUGCUAAACUGGACGUCGCAAACGCGCAGCAGAAGACAAUGAACAAUAUUGCGCAUGAACGUAGCGCUCAUCAGGCUUGUCUGGAUCGCCUUGAGGAUCUGCAACGAGAGAACUUUGCUCUAAUGCAAAGUAGAUACUUGGAAUCCGGUUGUGAUGACAGUGUUUGGCAACGAAAAAUCGAUGCAUUGCCGGCAUAUGAAGCUCUGUACAGCUUUGCACAACAUGCCGUUCGUAAGUACUCCGAUCUUCGGUGGAUGUUAUUGGAAAGAGAGCGAGAAGCGAGUCGGGCCGAGCUUGACCUCAUCGCUGCACAAUCGUCAAUCGUCAUUGCUUGUCACACAUGCUCAGUUAUCUUUUUUGAAAAUCCUCUUCAGAAUGAACGAUUCCGAAUCAAGCUCGGAGAAAAGCGACGACCCAAGCGACCGGCCUCAUUUCAUGGAGAAGAUUUGUUGAACAGAGUG